UGUGAUGUUUGAGGCUGGCCAGGUCAUUGUGAUGCAGGUUUUGCUUUCUAACCCCACACCUUCCCUGGGGCCUUGCUGGGGCCUUGCUGUGGCUCCUGAAAGCCUCGUGGGGUCUUGCAAACAGUUCUUGGGGUUGAGAAGGUUUAGCCUAGAGGCUGCUUGGAUGCGGGGUGCAUAGGUGGGGGAUCAGCUUUUGAAGAUGGCACCAGGUCGCUGGUGUUUGUGAAAUGUGAUCCGGCAGAUAAGACAUCUGGCACUAAUGCUUUCUUCCGUUCUCUUGAUUUCAGGUCCGUACGACUGCUAAAGAAUGACCCAGUCAACUUCCAGAAGUUCCCCUACACUAGUGAGGACGAGGCCUGGAAGACCUACCUGGAAAACCCCUUGACGGCUGCCACGAAGGCCAUGAUGAGGGUCAAUGGCGACGACGACAGUGUGGCGGCCUUGAGCUUCCUCUACGACUACUACAUGGGCCCCAAGGAGAAGCGGAUACUAUCCUCCAGCACUGGGGGCCGGAAUGACCAAGGAAAGAGGUACUACCAUGGCAUGGACUAUGAGAUGGACCUCGCUCCCCUUGAAAGUCCCACGCAUCUCAUGAAAUUCCUGACCGAGAAUGUGUCUGGAGCCCCAGAGUACCCAGAUGUGCUCAAGAAGAAUAACCUGAUGAGCUUGGAGGGGGCCGUGCCCACUCCGGGCAAGGCAGCUCCCCUCCCCGCAGGCCCUGGCAAGCUGGAAGCUGGCUCUGUGGACAGCUACCUGCUGCCCACCAGUGAUGUGUAUGAUAACAGCUCCCUCAACUCCUUGUUUGAGAGCAUUCAUGGGGUGCCACCCACACAGCGCUGGCAGCCUGACAGCACCUUCAAAGAUGACCCACAGGAGUCACUGCUCUUCCCAGAUAUCCUGAAAACGUCCCCAGAACCCCCGUGUCCAGAAGACUAUCCCAGCCCCAAGAGUGACUUUGAGUACACCCUGGGCUCCCCCAAAGCCAUCCACAUCAAGUCAGGGGAGUCGCCUAUGGCCUACCUCAACAAAGGCCAGUUCUAUCCCAUCACCCUGCGGACCCCAGCAGGCGGCAAAGGCCUUGCCUUGUCCUCCAACAAAGUCAAGAGUGUGGUGAUGGUGGUCUUUGACAAUGAGAAAGUCCCGGUGGAGCAGCUACGCUUCUGGAAGCACUGGCAUUCCCGGCAACCCACUGCCAAGCAGCGUGUCAUCGAUGUGGCCGACUGCAAAGAAAACUUCAACACCGUGCAACACAUCGAGGAGGUGGCCUAUAAUGCAUUGUCCUUCGUGUGGAAUGUCAACGAGGAGGCCAAGGUGUUCAUCGGUAUCAACUGCCUCAGCACAGACUUCUCCUCGCAGAAGGGGGUGAAGGGCGUCCCCCUGAACCUGCAGAUCGACACCUACGACUGUGGCUCGGGCGCUGAGCGCCUGGUGCACCGCGCCGUCUGCCAGAUCAAGAUCUUCUGUGACAAGGGAGCAGAAAGGAAAAUGCGGGAUGAUGAACGAAAGCAGUUCCGGAGGAAGGUCAAGUGCCCCGACUCCAGCAACAGUGCAGGUAUGAAGGGCUGCCUGCUGUCUGGCUUCAGGGGCAAUGAGACCACCUACUUGCGGCCUGAGGCUGACCUGGAGACCCCACCGGUGCUGUUCAUCCCUAAUGUGCACUUCUCCAGCCUGCAGCGUCCCGGAGGGGCAGUGCCCUCGGCAGGUCAGAGCAGCUCCAACAGGCUGCCUCUGAAGCGUUCCUGCUCACCUUUCGCUGAGGAGUUUGAGUCUCUGCCCUCCAAAAAGGCCAAGGAAGACGAUCUUCAGAGAGUUCUGUUGUAUGUGCGGAGGGAGACCGAGGAGGUGUUUGACGCCCUCAUGUUGAAGACGCCAGACCUGAAGGGGCUGAGGAAUGCGAUCUCUGAGAAGUAUGGGUUCCCUGAAGAGAACAUUUACAAAGUCUACAAGAAAUGUAAGCGGGGAAUCUUGGUCAACAUGGACAACAACAUCAUCCAGCACUACAGCAACCACGUCGCCUUCCUGCUGGACAUGGGGGAGCUUGAUGGCAAGAUUCAGAUCAUCCUGAAGGAGCUAUGAGGCCCAAGCAUCCACACCCUCAGACCCCGUGGGGUGGCUCCAGGCAAGGAGCCCCCUGGGGAGUGGCCCAUGCCGCACACAACCUCUCCUCAUGCCCCAGUGCUGUUACUUGAAUGCCCUCCCUGAGAAAAACACAUCACAGACCUACAGAUGUCAAGGUCAGUGAAGGGACCCAGGAGGUAUCCUGACCUGAACCCCGUCUCAUGCUUGAAUCUACCCUGGACUUCCUGCCAGCCCCCGCCCAGCCAGAAAGAGUGUCGUCCUGCUUAACGUUCCCAUAGCCUGUCUCCUUCUCUGAAGACCCUCCUUUCAGUCCAUCGCCUGGUUGGCCGUUCAGAUGGUGCCAGUGGACCCUCUUUCCCAAAGCUGACUCGACUCCUGUCCGGCCUGCAUUCUUGAUUCUUCCAACAACUUCAGACUGAGGAUCCCUUACCCUUUGGUCAAUUAACUUGAAAACUCUUUUGAUUUUCAAUGCAAACAACUUUUAACUGUUACCAUGGUGGAAACACUCUUUCUCCCGGAUUUCCUUGAUACAAGUUGUAAAUAAUAGAGCUGAUUCAUUGGAGUGGCUGCUGUAUAAAAUAACUUCCAUGCCUGUUCACUGAUGUACACAUUUCUUAUUUACAAUUUUCAUUUAUGUUAUAUAUAUAUAUAAGUAUAUAUUGUAUAUAUAUGCAACAUUUUAUAUUUUUCAUGGAUGCAUUUUUAUCAUUUCAAAAAAUGUGUAUUUCACAUUCUUGGACUAUUUUUUUUAGCUGUUAUUCAAUUAUGCAUUUUGUAUACUCACGUGGUAUUUAGUAAUAAAAUUCUACCUAUGUAUUACUUCAAA